GCAUGACACGAUGCAGGCCAAUGCCUCUUUUUCGCCAUGCCGAAUCACGCGAGCCAUCACGGUACCACAAACAGGGUCUCGUCUCCAAAGUGCUGUGCAGGUCAGUCAACUUCACCGCCCCGCUCGCGCCACGCCAUGUACAUAACCUCACCAUAUCUAUGGGUGUGUGUGUGCGGUGCAGGUGGUGGUAUGUGAUGCCCGAGUGGCCGCCAGAGGAUUUUGACAACGACGGUGAGCUGCGGAAGCAGAAGCUGCGCCGCGUGGAGAUCGACAAGUGGAGGGAUACACCAAAGUCUACGAAAUCGCACACUACAGAGGUGAGUGAGUGAGGUAGCAACAGGGGCGCCCCGCCCACCGACCGCCGCACUGUUAACACCAUACCAGACACCAUCUGCCCGCCCAUGGGUGUGUUGUGUAUGGUGUGGUAUGUGGUGUGUGGUGUGUUGUGUGUGGCUACCAUGCAGGUUGUUUCCGCGACCCCAGUGGUCGGUUCAUCGAUGUGCGUCCGCGUGAGGGCCGCCCGUGUUACAGCGACAUGAUGAAGAAGAGCGAGCGAGAGCUAGCAGAGAUGCUCGUCGAGGCCAUCCAGAAACAGCAGCAGGAACUCGAGACCUCACCACACGACGAGAGCGACACCAAGGAAGCACUCAAAGAGGUAAGUGGGGUGGGUCGGGUCAGCCACACACGCACACACACAGACAGAGGCUGGCUGGAGCGAUUUGGUAGGUAUGGUGUGAAUGAAAUGAAUGGCGUGUGGGUGCGUGUGUUGCAGGAGUUGGCAGCGGCCAAGAGGGUGCUGGACAGCGCCAAAAAGUGACGGACGGUAUACAGACUGUGCCGUGAGUGUGUAUGUUAUGUCCUAGGAGGGUACCCUAGGUAGGAAGGAGGGAUUUCUCGAAUCGCUUUACGAAUAACGAGAUGUACAUGUUGAUUCAGACGCGGAACGCAUGAGACAAUCUCAUCAGUCAUGCAGUCAUGCAGUCAGUCGGGCAGCUCUUUCGUGCGCAUCACGACGUAUAGUACGUAUGUACGGCACGGUACCACUCACUCACAGCAGUUGAUAGAUAUCAUCUCCAUGAAUGCGUCCUUACGCAUGCGGACAGCAGGGAUGAAUCGGAGCGAGUGCACAGAAUAGAUGGGGGAAGGCAAGGCAACGCAGCCACUGAGUGAGUGAGUGAGUGAGUCAACUAUAAACAGGCGAAUGGCUGGG